CCCUCUGUUCGGCGAUGUCGCUUCUGUUCAAACGUGACAGCAGUGUGAUGCGGUGUGUGUAGCGCGUCAACAUGGCUGGGUUUGGCGCAGAGCUGACGGACUACCUGGAGGGCAGAAUCACUUUUGAAGAGUUUGACAGGAGGAGAGACGAGAGGAGCAAAGAGCAGCUUGACGAUGGCACUGCGAUCCCAGAAGAUGUUGACAAUGAAAAACCAUCGACCUCAAAGCAGUCGCUGGCCAACAUUGAAGAAGGAGUCAGCCCAGGAGUCCAGCUUGCCUUUGCCUCCAUACUUGGAGAAACUGCCCCCCCUCCAUCCUCGGAGGAGGAUGAGGAAGAUGAUUCGUUGAGCUAUGUUGAUGACUUGGGGGACCAGGAUUUCAAGCUUGAGGAGGAGGAGGAGAAAGGAGCCAAGGCUCAAAGAACAAAAAAGCGGCAAAGAAGGCAGAGAAAGGAUCCCAGUGACGAUGAGCAGGAUGAGGACAUGACGGUCGGAGAUGUGUUUGCACUGGAGAUGGAGCUGAAUCGAGAGAACAAGAAGAUGCUGAAGGCACGACGCAAGCGUAGCAAGCUACCCCGAGCUCUGAGAGGCCUGAUGGGCGAGGCCAACAUUCGGUACGCCAGAGGAGAUAAAGAGGACGCCAUCAUGAUGUGCAUGGAGAUCAUACGUCAAGCCCCACUGGCGUAUGAACCAUUCUCCACUCUGGCCAUGAUCUACGAGGACGAGGAGGAUCAUGAGAAGGCUCUGCAGUUCAGUCUCAUUGCUGCUCACCUCAACCCCAGCGACUGUGAGGAGUGGAUUCGACUGGCAGAAUUGUCUCUGGAACAAGGAAACAUUCGACAGGCUGUUGUCUGUUACACGAAAGCCAUCAAGCAUGAUCCCACAAAUGUGCGUUAUUUGUGGGAGCGCUGCAGCCUACACAUGAGACUUGGGGAGCACAAGCAAUGCAUGGACGGCUACCGACGCAUCCUGUCUCUUCUGCCUAUGGAGGAGGGGGAACACUUCAUGCAACUCUCCAAGGACAUGGCUAAGAGUUACUAUGAGUGCAACGACUUGUCCGCAGCCCUGAAUGUGAUCUCUGACGCAUUGGCCCGGCACCCCGACCUGGUCAGUGAUGACAUCAUCAACAUGGCCUCCGAGCUCUAUAUCGCUAACCAUCAGUACAGCAAAGCUUUGCAGGUUCUGGUCCAGUUUUCUGGCGUUGUUUUGAUUCAAGCUGAGCACAAAGGAGAGGCUACAGUACCCGAGGAGAAAGGGUCAGAAAAAAUGAAUGUGGAGGAAAAGUCAAACGUUGAAAAUGCAAAGACGAACAACGACAUGGAAACUGCUUGGGAUGAGAAUCGUGUGAUUGAGGAUGUUCAGGUUCCAGACAGCAUCCCAGUGGACCUGAAGGCCAAACUGAUGAUAUGCAUGAUCCAUCUGCACAUCUACACUUCUAGUCUGGAGGCAAUGGUGUCGUCACUGAUGACGCAGAGUCCAGAGGAGAUUGGUGAUUUGUACUUGGAUGUAGGAGAAGCUUACCUGGAGAAGGGCGAGUAUCUCUCCGCUCUGCCUCUGCUGUCCUCUCUGGUUGUGUCAGAGAAGUACAACCUGGCUGUGGUCUGGCUUCGACAUGCAGAGUGUCUGAAAGCUUUGGGCCAGAUGGAGGCCGCAGCAGAAAGCUUCACAAAGGUGGUGGAGAUGGCUCCUCAGCACCUGGAAGCCCGACUGUCACUAGCUACGCUGCACCAACAGCUCGGCCGACCGGAGUCUGCCCUGAGGGCUCUGGAGUCCAUGUAUGACAGUGACACUCUGGCUCAGGACUCUUCAGCUGCACAGAAGGAACUGAAGCUGCUCCUGCAUCGUUCCACGCUCCUGAAAACUCAGGGGAAAGUGCAGUAUUACCUGGAUGCUGUCAUCAGCAUGCUUGCCAUGCUGCUCAAGAUGGCCUUGCAGCGUGCAAAGGUGUCUGUUCGCUCCGUUAUUGUCGGGGGUGAGACGCACCUGCGCCUGGUGAAGGUGGCAAGCGUUGCUCCGAUGAAUGACGAACUGGAAGCUGCUUACCUGGACCCAACUGGUAAAACCAGCAUCCUGUCGAAGGAGGACUGGUGGCAGCUGCUGCUGACGUGCAUGCGUACCCUCUGUGAGGUGAAACGCUACAAGGAGGCUGAGCUGCUGGUGGAGAGCGCCAUGGAGUUUGAUUCUUUCUACGAGAGCAAGCCCAAAAGGAAGGAGAUGGAGUGCUUUGGGCUCUCAGCCGCCUUCCUCGACCACAAUUACCACAAAGCCUACGACUACAUCAGGUUGAUGCUGAUGGAGAAGGUGGAUUGUUCACAGCUUUGGAAUGUGUUCAACCAGCUGACCACGUGCUCCCACCAUCAGCGACAUCAUCGCUUCUGUUUGCGGCUGCUGUUGAAACACCCAGAAAAUCACGCUCUGAGUGUUCUCUGUGGACACAAUGCCAUGGUGUCAGGGAGCUUCAAACAUGCUCUGGGACAUUAUACCCUGGCCUUACGGGCUCAACCCAACAACCCGCUCAACUGCUUGUACGUUGGUCUCACCUUCUUCCACAUGGCUGGGCAGAAAUUUGUGGCCAAAAGACACACCCUCAUACUACAGGGUUUCUCCUUCCUGUGGCAGUAUGUGGCGUUGAGAGGCGUGUGUCAGGAGAGCCUGUACAACCUCGGCAGAGCGCUGCACCAGAUGGGGCUCACACACUUGGCCAUACAUUACUACCAGAAGGCUUUAGAGCUGCCCCUGCAGAAACUGGAGGGUAUUCCGGAGGAUCAGACGGACCUGAGUCGGGAAGUGGCCUUCAACCUGUCUCUGAUCUAUCAGAGCAGUGGCAACAUGGAGAUGGCGCAUCAACUCAUCAACACACACUGCAUCGUGUAGAAUAAUGCGUCCAGGUCUGUCAACAUCCAUGUGAUCAUGGUAUUCAAGAUGUAAACAAGUUAUUUUUCCAUUAAAAUAUUUAUUUCUU